CAGCCGGGACAUCAGUACUGCAUAUCCACUGCAUUGUCAAUACUGCAUUGUUUGUAAUUAAAAUUGAUCAGUGCUAGCACUUGGCCACCGUCCUUACUGAACAUAAUGGAUCAAGCUGAAUUGUGUAAAAUAUGCAACUCCGCCGCAUCCAAGUAUUGCUGCCCACGGUGUAACAUUCUGUACUGCUCACUAUCCUGCUACAAGUCCGAGCAGCAUGGUCAGUGUUCCGAAAGCUUCUACCGGGAAAAUGUUAUCCAGGAAAUGACAUUCGCGAAAGAUGAACAGGAAGCGGCACAAUCGUCUGGAAAAAUGAUGGAUAUCCUGAAGCGACUGGGGGAGGCAGAUUUACAGGACGGAACAUUGUACGACGUCGAAGAAGACGUAGAUGACGACGACGAAGAACGAUUCGAAGAAAUCGAUUCCGAUGAUGGAGAAAAUUUUCAGAAUUUGGCUGACCGGUUGGGGGGAAUUGAUUUGGAUAAUGCAGACGCAGUUUGGGGACAGCUAACGGAUGAGGAACGGAGAGAGUUUCAAAAUUUGCUAGAAAAUGGAGACAUCAGCCAAAUACUACCGAUAGUGGAACCCUGGUGGACAAGGGAUUAUAACGUAGAACUGAUACAAUCUGCAAACAGUAAGAAGCUAUCCGGAGGAGAGAAAGAUCUAAUUGAAAAGUGUCCCGCGUUGAAAAAGGGUGUCAAAAAUUUCAAGGACCUCUGCAGUAAAGAUCCCUCACCGUUGAUGAAGUUCAACUUGGCGAACAUAUUGGCAGCGUAUGCUCUGGCGUUCCGAUAUUUCAACGGUGAUUUCAAGGAAUGCCUACAGGAAGUUGCCAACUGUUUGAUAUCAAUUUGCGGGAAUUUGAAGCACAAUACCAUCUACCAUUCGGAAAAGCUAGCCGUCGAGUCGGUUUGCCACGAUUGUCGACAGGAGCAGCUACCGGCUGACCAUGAGACAGCCUUGCUGAUAGCCCAGGAUGUAAGGGAAAUUUUCGACGGGCCUCUCAACUGUGGAAUCAAGUACAAGAAGCACUUUGUGUUGGCUGCCCUGUCGGAUGUCCAUCGCUUGCUCAGCCAGGCAAAAAGAGAUGAUAAGCAGCUGCAGCAAACCGAAUCGGAAAAGCAUAAGAAGGGAGAGUUUAGCAGCAAGUACAGUGAUGAUAUCGGACAGCUUCCACAUCUGGAGUUAGGAAAGUUGAAAAGUUGUACCAAAAAAAUUGAGUUCAUGCUUUCGUAUGUUAAGGAUUAUUUGUGAAAUUUCUGGUAAAGUAAACGGAUGUGUCUCCCUAACCAAAGUAGAUGUACGUAACUGUUGCGAAAAUCAUCGUCCUGGGGUGUGGUAAAAAUGCAGCAUUCCAUCAUAUUUUAGAGACAUUCAGCGAUCUUUCAGUGGAAAGCCAAGGAUUUCCAAGGUAUGGUCGCUUGGUUGCAGUGUUCGGAAAAUCAUUCUCAAAUCUCAUUCCUUGAGCCUCCCUGAGAGAAUAAACUUGCGUGUGAAUGUGGCAAACAAAUCUCUCGCUUAAGUUUCUCAUG